AUGUCAGAAACAAGCAGAAGUAUGCCAGAAAGCAGUCAGUUCUUCGAAUCACCCUCCCCCUCAACACGAGUCAUGAGCGUUCACCACAAGCGCUCAGACGACUUCUCGCUGCAAAAAGGAGUCUACUUCCUCAAGGUUCGGGUCGGGCCCGGAAAGUACAUGUGCAAGAUCCUGGAAGAGCGUUCAACGGUUGAGAUUGCGGACCCAACAGCGGACACAGCGGUUGUCUUCCAAAACGUCACUAUUGGCAUCUUGUCUGUGAUUCUCAAUGGGCAGGUGCACGUUCUUCAGUGCGCCACAAGCAGCAAUAGACUGGUCCCUGGCAAUGACACCGAUAAAAGAAACAUACUCUACAAGCCCAUAUGGGUCAAACGAGUCAAGAACAUGGCCACAGUUUUGGACUUGAAUAUCGGAGCUCCCUAUGAUGCCCACGGACAGAAAAAUGCUGGCCCCGAGUGUCACGGAAACUGGCACGCCUCGCACGUGGAGAAGAAAUUGGCCGUGCUGGCCGUUCACAUGGCUCGCGAGUUCCUAGGGCUCAACUGGAAAAAUCAGCUGGAUGCCGGCGACUUGCUUGAGCUCAAAGAGGCCGUCCGCGCCAACGGUGGGCUUUCGUGCUACCACAUUCAGCUGCAGCGUGCCGCGUGCGCGCUCUGCGUGCAGUUUGUGGGACGGGUGAGCUUCGCAAGCGGCCUCAAGAUGACCAUUCACGCCCGGCCAGGUCUCAAGACGGAACCGGAUCCGACGUUCAGGAUGCUCGCGACACGGGAUGCUGCAGAGCAAGCAGCACCCGGAAACGCCGCGUCUCGAGUCCGCGAUGGCCCACGAAGUCUGGAGUGGAGGAAGGUUGACCAAGAUUUCAAAAAAUAUCUUUACAGCAAACAGGAGCCCUCGCAGACGAUCACUGCCGAGCAGCCGCCGACUCUGGUGCAUGUUGAAAGCGACGCCGACAUCUACGACGCAACUCCUUCCCCUCCUUCCAAAAAGUCCGUGCAGAGCUUCUUGGAUACCGUUCAACCAUUUGCCAAAUCCCCAAUGGACACGAUGGCAGUCACCGAGGUGGAGCCUCUCUUUCGAAAGAAUGUUCGUGGUCCUCUGGGGAUUGACAUCACCAAGACCAAGGAGCAAGCCAAGCGCCGGGGCCAACCGCUGGAUCCUCGACAUGUUGUCAAACCGCUGCCCGCGACGCCAGUGCUUGACCCGCCUUCGAUGUUCUUGCCAAGUCAAGCUCGGACUUUACCGUCGAUGUCCUCAGAUCAAGGUCCAACAACCUGUCCUGGAGAAGAUCAUGAUGCUUUCAAGGGCCACUUGCGUUGGAGCAAGCUUGGUAUGAGUCGCCAGUUUGACGCAUCUUGGGGCAUGUUUGAGGAUGACCAGGAGCAAGAAUACAGAGAGGCCGAUUGCUACCCUUACCCUUGCGCUCUUGUGAAUGCCAAGCCAUCACGGCCCGACUUCGCUCCACGCCCAGAUGCGCCAGACACUUUGGCAGAGUUUCGUCAGUUGCUCGUUGAAAGCCUUGCCAAGCACGCUACAUGUGGGCUGAAGUAA